UUGUCCUUCCCGCGCCUCGCCAAGCACCCUGCGUUGCUCCUCCGGCCUCCGGGCGCCUGUUUCUUGCGCUGUGCUCGCCGAUGCGACCCUUGCGGUAUGCGGCUGCUUUUGGCAGGGAGCUCAUGAAUGAUUUCAUUGAGUGUGAAGACAGAGAGCAGAGACAGAAAAGAGAAGAAGGCGGCCGCUGCCUUUGUAGUCUGGCUGGAAUGCGGAAAUGUUGAAGCACUAUGUCAAACUUUUUUGAAACGGGGUCAAAUCACAUUCAGCCAGCGUGGGAAACCAAGGGGAGAAAAAAGUAGAGGCGAGGUGGGGGGAAACUCUUUUGCUCCUGCUGCUGGUCUCAAACCGAGCCCAGGAACCGAGGAGAGAGAGAAACUGGGACUGCGUGGAGAGGCGGCGGCGGCGGCGUGCAGAGCUAACGCGGAGCCUUGUAUUCGGGAGACUCUUCGUUGCAAAGGCUUUGAUCAGCCCCAGAAAAUUUAGCAGCGCCUCUUUCACUCUUUCCCCAAAGAGGGGGAGGGGAUCCUCAGCGCUUUAAGGUGUAGUCUGCCCCCCCCCCCGGCUGGCAGGAAGAUGCGAAGACGGGGCAGCGGUAGAGCUUCGGAGUUGCUGCUGCCACUACCUGUGUGGCCCCAGUCGCGGCUGCUAGGCUCCGCUCGUGGAAGCUCACCCUCCCCUGUCACCAUGUGAACGCUUUGAAUCCGGAUCGAUUCUGCUGCGCGUCUCCUCAUUUUCACGGGAAGCGGAUUUUUUUUUUUAAAGGAAAAAAAAGACGCUCUCCAUUGUUUUUCCUGCCUCACCAGGUCUUCGCUUUUCAUCUUUCUCUCUCUCUUUUAAAAAAAACUAUUUUUAACUCCUGUCUUGCUGGAGACCACUUAAGUGGUUAACUUCCUCAGAAGACCGAAGCUGCGCCUGAGCAAUUCCAGAUUGAAUUGGGUUACACAGAGAUUUAUUCCAAAGACCAUUGACCAGCUAAGCAAUAGGGCAACCACAGUUUAUUACUACAAUUCUUGAAUGUUACAUCCUGUUGACUGGCCCAUCUUUAAUUGUUCUGGAUACUUGUUGAAGUAGCAGAAAGUGCAUUUUGCCAACUGGAAUCCAGGUCAACAGAUUCAACAGUUGGAACAUCAGGCAACAAUUUGUGAAGAAGGAAAGCCGUGAAGUCAUGGAUAAGGACAACAUGAGCCUAGCUGACCAGCAGUAUGAAUGUGUGGCGGAAAUUGGUGAAGGAGCCUAUGGGAAAGUGUUCAAGGCUCGAGACUUGAAGAAUGGAGGGCGCUUUGUAGCACUGAAGAGGGUGCGGGUGCAGACCAGCGAGGAAGGGAUGCCGCUUUCCACUAUACGCGAGGUGGCAGUCUUGAAGCAUCUGGAAACAUUUGAGCAUCCCAACGUGGUCAGGUUAUUUGAUGUAUGCACAGUAUCUCGAACUGAACGAGAGACGAAAUUAACACUGGUGUUUGAACAUGUUGAUCAAGACUUGACCACUUACUUGAAUAAAGUUCCAGAGCCUGGUGUUCCUAGUGAAACUAUCAAGGAUAUGAUGUUUCAGCUGCUGCGAGGCCUUGAUUUUCUACAUUCACACAGAGUGGUCCACCGUGAUUUAAAGCCUCAAAACAUUCUAGUUACCAGCAGUGGACAAAUAAAAUUAGCUGACUUUGGCCUUGCGCGAAUCUAUAGUUUUCAGAUGGCUCUUACUUCUGUGGUUGUUACAUUGUGGUAUAGAGCUCCUGAAGUUCUGCUUCAAUCCAGCUAUGCAACACCAGUUGAUCUUUGGAGUGUAGGUUGCAUAUUUGCAGAAAUGUUCCGUCGCAAGCCGCUUUUCCGUGGUAACUCUGAUGUUGAUCAGCUAGGAAAAAUCUUUGAAGUAAUUGGUCUUCCUGAAGAAGAAGAUUGGCCUAUUGAUGUUGCCCUCCCAAGGAAUGCUUUUGCUUCUCAAUCCCCACAGCCCAUUGAACUUCUUGUAACAGAUAUUGAUGAACUGGGCAAAGACUUGCUACUUAAAUGUCUGACAUUCAAUCCUAUGAAGAGAAUAUCAGCUUAUGAUGCCUUGACCCAUCCUUAUUUUCAUGACUUGGAGAAAUGCAAAGAGAAUACAGAUUCUGAUGUGUCCUCCAGUCAAAACUCCACAGAGAUGAAUUCACUGUUUGGCGUAGACUUAGCUCAGGGAAUACCUGCAGAAGAAUCUCUCCUGCCACCAUUUCAGUUCCUUGGCUCUUGCCCUAAAACUCAACAGGGGCUUGCAAUUUCCAGGAGAAUUUUUCACUUUCUCAUUUCUGACAGUAAUUCCUUAGGAUGUGACAGAAGACCCUCUAAGGAGUUUUGAGGUGGGAGUGACUCAAAACCUUGCUGCACAUUUGGACCCCACCAUACAUACAGCUCUUUGGGCUAAAGAGCAAUAGAUCAGAUGCUGAGAAAAAGUAUUCCAGCAAAGUUUUCUUGCAGCAUGAUAUGAAUCUUUUGUGUAUUGUGUGUGUAUUGUAACCUGCACCAACUAUAUGUUCACCAGCAUACCAUAAAAUGUUUGUUUUGUUUAUGAGAAUUGUUUCAGUUAGCUAGUCUAAUUUUUAAUAGGAUUCUUCGUUCUUGGCCUGAAUAUACUGUAUGCUUGCAUAGCAAUUCAAAGUUUGCAGUCUAAGAUAACAUAUAAUGAGUUCUAGCAUCUUUGAUUCUAUUGCAAGGUUACAUUGAAAUUUAUCUUUAGUAUCUUUUACUUUAACCUAUUGGACAGCAAUAUAUCUCAAGCUGGUCCUGCUUGCUGUCAAUCAUUUUCAUGACUAUCCCUCUUGCUGAAAGUUAUCUGUUCAUGUAUGCAUUUUGUUACUUGUUUAUAUAAAAUACACAUACAUUAUUCACAGAUUACAUUGUACAGAUUUAUUGGCUGCUAGAAAUUACAAUUACUUUAAAUCCAAAAAGAUACGAUCUCAGGUAUCUUUGCACUUAACAGUAUCUUCUUUAUGGCUUAUAGAUUUUAUUGUAUUGCAUAUAAGUUUAUUCAAUAAUCCAGUGCACCAUGUUGAGUUUUAAAAGAUUAAGCAUACUUACAGUAUUUUUUAAAAAGCUUUUAGCUAGUGGUUUAGAAAUUUUCUACCCUACAUGAGGUCAGGAUAAAUUAACUACACAUAUUUUAUUAAAUCAUCAAAAACUAUUUUGUAUUCAUUAUAUUUAACUUAAUACAUAUAGAUAUAAUUUUAGUUGCAGAACACAUGAAAGUGACAAACUAAAUGGAAUAAGUAAGAGUCAGGAUUUCAGAAAACAGUGUAUGUUAGUGUGGAGAAAUUUCAAAUAUAUUUAAGCAGACCUUAGCAUACCCUUAAAUUUAAGCAUCCAUCUGAUCACAAAGAACAGGAAAUAGCAUGUAGCUCAGAGAACUGCAAGUAGGGAAGAGAAUGGGAAUAUGCUAUCACCUUCUUUUCCCAGCAUAGAAACCAAGCAGGUUGUUAGAAAUCUCUAUAAUAACUGUAGCUGCUGAAAGGCACUCAAAGCUUAAAUCUCCUCUGCCAGCUUUCUAAACGCUAAUAAACUUCUUUUUUGCAUGUUACUAAUCUCUAAAACCUUAUUUUGAAGACUGUUUUGAUACAUAAAUAUUGACUUUUAUCCAACAAUUUGCUUCCUUCUUUUGAUAUUCAGCACAAUGUGUUCAUAAUGUUGCUUUGUCCAAAAUUAAUAUAGUCAGCCAGUUGUAUAUUUAGCAAUAAAAGCUUUUGAAUAGUUUCAAUAUACAUUUUAAAAGAUCUUGCAGGGAAAAUAUUGUUUUUUCAAGUUUGCAGUCUGUUUGCUUCUUUUUAUUUAUCUAAUUACAAAUUCUAGUGGAAUUUUUGUAUAUAAAAAUUAGAACUGCAAAUUUCUAGGCGCAUGCUUACAGUUCUGCUGCUUGCUUCCAUUUUGAUGAACAUGUCUAAAUCAUCCAAUAGUUGCAAAUAUCAGAGUCAAUAAAACAGGUAUUUUGCUUUCAGUUAACAUAAUUUGGACAUGUUUAGAAGUGGUCAUUCACUAUUUAUGCUGUUGCAUUCAUAUAAAUAUUGUGGUCCUCCACUUGCUAAAUGGACAUUUCACCUACUGAAAUCAAUGACCCUUUCAAGUACUAAGUUCAAGAUUGGAAUGUUUGAUACUGUACAUACAUAUUAUUCACAUUUAUAUUUUUUUCAUUAUACACUGUGCAGAAAAUUCAUGAAGAACUUGCAGUGAAUUAUCUACUUAUUUGUGGAGUUUCUUUCCAUUUUAUAUGUAAGGAGCAUGUUUUCAGUUUAAAGCAUAUAGAAAAAUGAAAGUACAACUCACAUCACAAUUAGACUAAAAUUGGUGAAGUGCUGAAAGACUCAGGAUAGAAAGAUCUGAAUUGGGGGUGGGGGCGAACAGUACUAGAGAUGAGUGACACAGAACAAAUAGGUUUGAUGAAAUACCAGGACUCAAACCUAAUAAUCUUGAAGAAAUAUAGGCAGAUGAAGCUAACUGACAGUCCGGAAGAACUAAUUUACCAUCAUAACCUAGGAGAAACAGAAAAUGAUACAAAGGCAUUGAAACAAAAUCAACAUUUCGUUUCAUUUCACAGAUGUUAGCCUGGAUAGAAGUAGUUAGCAAUAAUUGAAAAACCAGUGGCUACCAACAGGGUAUGAUGUUUGAAAAGUGGCAGAGAUAAUUAUGCCAUCUACUAUUUUUCAGUCUAAAUUAACUCAUGUCAUUUAAAGGUGACUAUCCAAGACUAAAUAAAGCCUUUUCUCUCAACUCUCAUCCGGAUGGCAAAUCCUCUGGCUGCUGAUGCCAUGCACAAUAUAUUCUUCAUAAACCCAGUGUUGGUUGGUUUAACUUGACAAUUUCCAAUUAGUAACAUCCAUUUUUGAAGGAUAUGCAUUGUGCAUCACAAACUUUGAUUUAUUAGGAUCUAUUGUUUCUCCAAUCCAUUGAUAGUGUCUUCCAGUUGCAGAUGUAUCUGUUGAGAGAUUGGUGAAGGGGAAAUGACAGUUGUAUUGUCAUCAAAGAAUGUGAAUAUUUGUGUGAGUCAUGAUGAAAGUACACAUUAUAUCAUUUCUAUAACAGUGCAUUUACAAUAUUGAUCUCAUUAUGGCUUAUUAAGGUGCCUAUGAUUUGUGAAUAUAAGAAAUCAGCAUGCCCCUUUUACAAAAUAUGUUCUAUACUUUUCAAACUGUUUACAGUGCCAGUGGCUAGAUCGUCAUGUUCUGCUAAUCCAUAAAAUAGUCUGUUGGGUUAUGUUAUAGCAUAUUAUAUGAACUCAGUCAUUUUAGGUUGUUUUUUUUGUUUUUUUGUUUUUUUUGUAAAUCAUACUAGCAACUUGUGUGAGCAAAUUCAAAAAAUAUAUGAACCCUAUUAGUGUAUUUGUUUUAAUGAUCAGUCUGAUGUAAGAUAUCAAUGGAGUAGAACACCUAAAACAGUGAAUUAUAUUUUUACACUUUUACUAUUUGCUGUAUAUUAUUGUUUGCAUGUUGGAAUGCACCUCUAAAAUUAUUUCUUUUUAGGUGUCUACAGUCCAUAGAGACUAUUUGCCCUAUUGUACUAAAGUGAUUCAAAUUGUGUGCAUCUGCUGUAUAUGCUUACCAUAUGAGCAAAGAAGUUGGUUUCUGGGUCUCAGUUUGCCCUCCUAAGAAUAUGACCAUUCAUUGAUUAAAUAUUUUACUCAGUAAGAUUCUAUAGGUUGAAUAUUAUAACUUGAAAUUCAUUUUUUGAAAGUGGCAAAAAAUGUCUAUAUAUUCUGUCAUAUCAAAAUAUGUUUUUGUCAGUGCAUACAUCAUUUAAUUUUAUUUUGUUAUAUAAUCAUAUUUUUAUGAUUCAUAAUAUUUUGGAAAUGCAAAAAUACAUGAUUACCAGUUUUCUGUCUGAAGUUAAAUUAUAUUUACUUUGUUUUGAAUUAUAAUCCUAAAGAAAGUUUUCUGUUCUAGAGUAUAUCAGUGGAAAUUUUAUAAAGCAGCUUCAUUGUUAAGUUUCUGAGACUGUAUGGAAUUCUACAUUCAUGGGCCUUUUAUUUUUCUUUUCUGAGCAAGGAAUUAAUGUUCACACAGUGAGGAAUCUGCUGCUUUCCUCAGACAAGAGAAUGAGCAAAUUCUGCACAUAAUUCCAGGCCAUGGGUACUUCAGUGGUUAUACAUAGAUUCUAUUUCCUUAUUAACUUGAGUAAGUGAUAAUGACAUUAUUUUUGAGAAAUCACAUUCUAGUGAAUUGCAAUUGCAAUUACGAAUAAAGAACAAUUCUAUGUAUACCAGGUUUUCUACACUCCGCUGAGAAUAGGGUGAUCGCACAAUGAGAGAAUGAGCUAGUGUCUUAACACAGCUGGCUGACUCACUUAAUGGUAUAAAUGUUGAUUGAAUUAUCCUAAUGAUGCUAUUUCUCUAGCUCAGGGGUGACAAACCUUGGGCCCAGAUGCGUCACACGCUGGCCAUGCCCACCCCUGAUUUAACAAACGUGAGGACAAUGUGAGGACACGAAUUUGACACCCCUGCUCUAACUCAAUUGCUUUGAGCUUUCAAGCCUAGAAUUAAACCUGAGGGUUUUCAAUCAGCUGACUUUUCUUCAGGAUUGCAAUGCUAUUUAUUAGAUGGUUACAGUUUGAGGAUUGUGUCCCUAAGCAGAAUUUCUCUUGAAAUCCUUCCAUCUAAACUAGUGAAUUUUAAAUGUCUUUACAGUUACAAAAAAAUUGCAGUCUCAGGUUCUUGCUUAGCAACUGGCUGAUUUAAUGAAGAUACAUGGUUAGUAACUGCACUCAAACCCAAUUCAUAGGGUCAAAAUUUAUUUCCACCUUAUUGUAUAUCUGCAGUGUAAAUGAUUGCUAUUUUAAAUGAUGUACGUUACAAGUUAACUAAAGUGGAUCUCUCAGCUACUUGGAGCUGAGAUAAAGUGUAAAAUAUAGUCUUAAAAUUGUAAGUGUAGGAGAUCUGGACUCUUGCAUUAUUGUUUUCAUUUUUUUAAAUGUUCAUUAUAGAUUGUGAGCUGUUAAUCUUAUUAGACUAAAAGAGAGAUAGAAUUUUAAAUAAAUCACCUGAACAAGCUGCAUAGUAUAAUAUUUGUAUUUUGCCACUAAAGAGACAAAGCUUGUUGGAUAUAAUAUCUUUUAGAUCUUGUUUUUGAAAAGAACAUAGGUGAACUUGAUAAGUUUAAAUAGAGUAAAAUUUAUAGAACAAUACAAUGUAAAAUAUUUUGUGGAAAAUUAGUUAGAUUUAAUAAGCUUUCUUUUUUUCUUUUUUGUAGUUUUUAGAAAUGAGUCCAUGAUAACUGAUACAUUUUAGCUUUGAUAACUCUGUAUAUAAAAAUAAAAUUAUGUGACAAUGGUUAAAUAAUUCUACCUUUGUUGAAUGGGGAUGCCAAGGAAAAAAACAUUCUACUGUGCUUCUAGACACAAUUUGUUCAGCAGAAGACAUUUGAUUGAGGAUAGUCGCUGUUAUACCAAUGUUGUUAGCAUAACACAAGAGGCAGUAUAAAAGAGUAGCCUAAUUGUUUAACUACAAAUUAAAUAACACAUUCCAUAUACUGAGCUGACGUUUAAAAGCAUCAGUUCCAUGAAUGAUCCAUGCUUUAAUUUCAAUAACAAAUUAUACUACAAUAAUACUAGGCCACUGCUUGUGUAUAAAGUUUUAGAGAAAAAUUGUGGAUUAAGGUAAGAAUUGUUCUUGUUAAGUCUUAGUUUCUUUUUGUUCUCUUAUUAUAAAUUAAAAGGAGAGGAAGAAGUGAAAUAUUGAUGAAACCCAUUACGUGUUAAUUAUUAUAGUAUAGUAUAGUGUUUAUUGUCAUUGUACAAAAUAAAUACGAAAUUGGUUUAGAAACUGGGGCCAUUGAUGAUUUUAAAAAAUAUGAAUUGGAUGUCUCUGCACCUAAUUCUAGUUCAGCAGGGACUCAAUGUGUUCAGAGAUUCUUUCUAAGAGGACAUACUGAUUAAACCUGAGAUACAUGGAUGUUUAUUAAACUCUUGGUUUACAGUAUUACAGUAUUUAAAAUAUUGGUAUUGACCAGUUUUUAAAAUUAUUUUAUUCUGAUCAUUAGAUGUUUUUUCUGUUUUCUUGUCAUUAGCCCAAUUUGAAAGCAAUGUAAUAUAAUUGUAGCCUUCCACAAAAUCUGAUGAAUCACAAAAUUAUUCUCAGUUGGGGAAAAAAAUUGACCUGAAGAUAACAUGGAUUGCCACCGCUAUAAAAAAACAACAAGUGAAACUUUGCCUAUGAAAUCAAACAAUCCACAAAAGAGAGUGAUUAUGUAUCACAGAACCAGCCAAAGAUUAAGUUGUCUUCAAUUGAAAAGAUAUUCCACCCCAAAUAUUGUUACUACUGAGUGUGUUGUGAGUGGAAAAAGUCAUGCAUACCUUUCUGAGCAGAAUCUUCCAAGACUUUAUAAAUGGAUCUGAACUCUCCAGUGCGAUAUAAGGAAGAAUUAUAGCAUCUAAUACUUUUACAAUUUGGUGUAUGUGCUUAAUGGGGCUUUUAUAUUAUGUUGUUCAAUCUAGAAUUGUUUUCUCUGUUCUGUUAAACACAACCCUUAGAAUUAAGCCAUUAGAACUCUUAAUAUGAGAUGGCAGCAUAUUAAAUAAAUGAAUAACAUCAGAA